AAAAAUAUUGAUACUCCUGAGUCACAGGAUGCAGAAAUGUCAACAGAGGAAUUUUUAAUAGCAUGCGUUGCACAGAAACCUGCUUUAUAUGAUCACCGGUUGCCAAUAACCGAGCGGACAUUAGUUAAAAAAAAUGCUCUCUGGCAAGAAAUCUGCAAUAUGAUGGGAGGAACCAUGGAUGUUGGCACUAUAAAAAAAAAGUGGAAAUAUUUGGAAGACUGUUAUAUGAAGGAUAAGAAAAAGAUCAAUGCAUACAUUCCAAGUGGGUCAGCAGCUUCUGCAACAAGAGAAAGUUCUUUCCGUUUUUAUUAGGCCAUGACUUUUUUAAGUGACUGUAUGGAAACGCGACAGUAUAUAUCACUCUUUAAAUGAAUGAAAAUUUAAGUC